AUGUGCGCCAUGACCAGGUUCAAGGUGGCCGCGACAGUCCUGGUCGCGAUCCUGUGCACCUCGGCAUGGCGACCAGCGGGGGCGGUGGUGAACGAGGCGCCUUUGAAGUCGGAGAAAGAUGGCGCCGUAAAGAAGGACGGAGACGCGAGGGACAAGAUAGGCGACAGCUACGGACCUCCCUUUAGCACGGACGACCUCGUUUCCGUGGCGAAUGGUUCACCUCCGGUUUACGGGCCUCCGGAGAAGACGGGAGACGUCCGGCCCCCGCCGAUAUAUCCGCCCCCGCCGCCCGACGUGCCCCCGCCGGUGUAUGGACCCCCCGCGGCGACUUAUGGGCCGCCACGUAAGCCAAAGCCGUGGUACGGACCCCCGAAGAGGUUCCACGGUUCGCCACCCUUGAAGACGAGCUAUGGACCCCCGAAGAUCCGUUACGGACCGCCUUCGUUGCCCUUCGGCCCUCCCAAGCCGCAAUACGGACCCCCGAAACCGCAGUACGGACCGCCGCCUCCGUUGCCGCCGCCGCCGCCCCCGGUGUUCGCUCUGCAGCCUCAGACUCAAUAUGGACUCCCAAAGGUGAUCAAGCCUGGACACGGCCCCCCGAUCCCGUUGUCGUUGGAGGCCUACGGCCCCCCUCUGGAUGGACUAGUCGCCUCCUUCGACGCCAAACCCCAAGACGACUACGGCCCUCCCCCGCCUCCUCCUCAUGGGAUCGCACCCCAGCAUCAAUAUGGACCUCCUCCGCCUAGACACCAAUAUGGACCUCCUCCGCCGCCCCCCGGAGUUCCCGCGCCUCCUACGCCUCCCGAUAUUAAAUAUGAUGGAUGGCAGCCGAUAGCCGGACUGGUAGGAACACCCGAUGGACACGAUACGUCUUCCAAGUCAAACAUUCCCAGCGACUCGUACGGCGUGCCCAUCCAUAAUCCCGAGGCGCAGCACCUCAAGUCGUCGGUUCAUCAGUCAUCGUCCGAUGACAACAAUGGACUUCCGCCACCCCUGCUGCCCCAGUUCGAACCUUUACAUGAUAAUUACGCCUCGUCGGGUGAUCAACACGCUGGUCACAAUAAGCCGACCGCGCAGUACGGGCCACCCGAUGAUCAGUAUGGGAUCCCGGAUAAUAAGUAUGGACCCCUUGACAGCAACUACGGUCCACCCAGUGGCGAGUCUCUGUCCAUCGUCAAGACUGUAGGGUUCGAGCUGGCACCGGAAGUCGGUGGGUCCCAUCACGGUGGGUCCCUGGACGGAGGUGCUGUAGCCCUCGAUUUGGGAGCUGGGGCCAUCUCCGGGGGAUCGGCCCUCGGAGGACACGGAUCCUUGGGUGAACUCGAUCUGCCGCCUCCACCACCACCGACUGAUUCGUAUGGAGCACCACCUCUGUCGUCCUUUGCCUUCAACGGGCCUUACCCACCUUCCCAAGGACCCAGGGGAGGGUCCAAGUACUCCUCGGCUUCGUUUGGACUAGGGUUCUUUGGGGGUGAUUUCGGGGGGCAUCAUCGGUCCCCGCAGAGGCAUCCUUUACGCAGUGGACCCCGCGGACCGCCGUUACUUCCGGAAUCCCUGAUACCCCCCAAAAACAGGGCGCCUAUCAAGUUCAAGGAGUCAGUCCCUGCAGGACUUCUGUUCUCCGUGAACAGGUACCUUCCUCCGGUACCAGUUACCGCUCCCGGCCCUCCCAGCAAGAACUAUGGACCUCCUCCGAGCUAUGAGCAACGACUUCCGGCCCUGGGCGCGGCUGUUCCGUUCAGGAACUCGCACUCCUUCUCUGGAAGUGGACAUUUUGGUCACGGACUCGGGGCUGCUCUGGCUGCCCCUAACGUCAACUAUGGGACUCCGUUGUCUUUCACAGAUUUCAAUGCCCCUGCACCUACUUUGACCUAUGGCGCCCCGAAUUUCGGACCUAUCGGAGGAUUCGUCAAUACCGCUGGCCUGGGUACUGGGAAUCUCUACGACGGGCUUCAUGGCAACGCCCUGACGACCACCUAUGGGGCCCCGUUGUCCACGGACCCCAUCCACGACUGCGGAUUUCAGAAGGGCGGUGCUCCAGAACUGACGGCCUUCUCUUUACCCGCCCUGGAUUUCUCCACCUCGGGGAUCAUCCCUUAUGAUACUCCCAUUCACCACCCGGUGUCCAACUUCCUGACGGCGUCUCUUGGGAACUCCAUAAAUGAACUGGACCUGCAGGUCCACGAGCAGAGCAAGACUGACCUGAAGGAUAGCUACGGCAACCCGGUAGGAAUCACCUACGAGCACCCCCACCAGGAGGUGCAAAGCCAUUCCGAGGACUCGGGGUACGCGGAUGAUGGCUCAUCCCGUUCUCACGAAGAGGCGCAAUCUGCCGAGGCCGCGACAGCGGCUUUGACCGAGCAGGCUUUCUCCAGGAAUUCACUCCACGAAGCUGCUGAGACGGCCCCGGCACCUCAAGCUCUGCCUUUGACGCAAAACCAUAACCACGAAGCCAACGAUGGGUUCCAGAUCCAGGGUUCCAAGGGCAUCUACACCCUCCAGAUCCAGGCAGCCGACGGAGGCUUCGGGACCGAGAACUCCGACGGCUCCAUCCGGCACGAGCAACUCCUGUCCGAUGGCCUGCUCCAGGACAUCCUGGCAGCCAUCGAGCAGCCACAACGAGCAGGCUCCCUCCAGCCCAUCUCCACAAAUGCUCUAUACGGUCCAGACCUCUCCGGCUCGGCAUCCAUCCAGAGCCCAUCCAUCUCAAAACCCGAGAAGACCAGUCCCACCGACCAAUUCUCCAGCAACGAGACCAAGGACAUCAUGGAACGCAUGGCGCUGUUCUUCGACAAUAGGGACCACCACAAAAGCGUCCAUAGAUCGGAGCCCUCCAAGAACAACCACCAGCCUGAUAACAAACCUGCAUGAAGGGGUACACGUAUCCGACCCAUGCAUCAAUCCUCAGCCCGAGAGCUAUCCUCGGAGACUCAUCAACCUUGAAGACCCCUAACUAACAACUUCAUAGACAACAGCAAAUGGCUGGUGGCCAUCCUGGCUGGUGGGCGUACCUACGAGACGUCCCCAGGGAACGCUACCGAUCACCUUUCGAGAUCAAGAUCAAGAUUGAAGGAGGCCGUGAUCCUGACCCCGAUCGCUCCUUGGACCAAUGGAGAGUCACAGAUUGCGGACUUUCGCCGGUCCCUGAUCCUGCCGGCAAGAGAGCGCGCUCGCAAGUGGGUCAUUGGGUUACGCGACAUUUCGCGAGCGCGCCUCGAAGUGCCGUGGUGGGAUCACGAAGAGGAAAGUGGCCAGGGCCCGAUUUGCCGGUCCUGCUCUUGGAUCCGGCUACCGUGUGCACCGGUUACCGCGUUCACGACCACUUCCGGUCGCCCCAUCUCCGUCGGGCCGAGACUUUAUUUAUUUCUCGCGUAAUAUCCGCGAAUCCGCACCCCCAGCGGGUUUGUGGAUCCGCGAUUCCACACACCAGCGAGGGUGUGGAUCCGUGAUUCCGCACACCAGCGGGUUUGUGGACCCGCGAGAUUCGCGCCCUCGGGAGAGGUACUA